AUGCGCAGUAUCCACGAACCGGGGCCGGAGCUGCUUCCUCGCAACCCUCGAAGCUGGAGAAGCUGAAGCGGCCGAAGGGGAAGGAAAGGAGGACUGGCGGCUUCUGGGAAGGAGAGCGGGAGAAAGGAAGGGACGGAAGAGGCCCUCUGGCAGUUCGGAACCUCCGAAAGUGGCUUUGAAGGCGAAGUGCAAUGAAGAACCAAGAGGGGGAAAGUCCGGUCGCCCUCCUUCCUGGCAGCCCUUCCAAAACCAGCCCUUUCCCAGCCUUGGAGGAUGGGGACUUGGCAGAAGUCUCUCCAGCCCAGCCGGACGGGUCCAAUUCAAAGCCUUUGGUUGAUGGAAGUAUUGAGAAUCCCAUCAGCGAGAAGCAGAGCAAAAAGGAAGAGGCCCCUCCGACGGAAGAGCCCGCAUCCCAGCCGCACCCCCAGCUUGUCGCCUGCGACGUCUCCGAGGAGCUGAGCCGGCAGUUGGAGGACAUCCUGAACACGUACUGCAUGGAUACCAACCAGGACGGCCCAGGAGAGGACAGUGGCCAGAGCGAGCCGGUCGAGUUGGACGAGGCGGAGAAGUGCCGGAGCGAGUCCCCGAGAAACGGCGAGCCGGAGCAAAGCUGCCCCGAAAUAAACGGGGAGAAAGAGGGUCCCCGGGGGGCCGGCGAUGAGGGCGGCGAGCGCGACCAGAAACGGACUCAGGAGAAGAAGAAGGCGAAGGGGCUUGGUAAAGAAAUCACGCUGCUGAUGCAGACCCUGAACACUCUCAGCACAUCCGAGGAGAAGCUGGCAGCCCUGUGCAAGAAGUACGCCGAACUGCUGGAAGAGCAUAGAAACUCUCAGAAGCAGAUGAAGAUCCUGCAGAAGAAGCAGAGCCAGCUGGUCCAGGAGAAGGAUCAUCUCCGGAGUGAACACAGCAAAGCCAUUUUGGCCCGGAGCAAGCUGGAAAGCCUGUGCCGGGAGCUGCAGAGGCACAACCGCACCCUCAAGGAGGAAGGUGUCCAGCGAGCCCGUGAGGAAGAAGAGAAGCGGAAGGAGGUGACGUCUCACUUCCAGGUGACGCUCAACGACAUCCAGUUGCAGAUGGAACAGCACAAUGAGAGGAACUCCAAACUGCGGGAGGAGAAUAUGGAGCUGGCCGAAAGGCUGAAGAAGCUCAUUGAGCAGUAUGAGCUGCGGGAAGAGCACAUCGACAAGGUCUUCAAACACAAGGACCUGCAGCAGCAGCUGGUGGACGCCAAACUCCAGCAAGCCCAAGAGAUGCUGAAAGAGGCUGAGGAGCGACACCAGCGAGAGAAGGACUUUCUGCUGAAAGAAGCGGUGGAGUCCCAACGCAUGUGUGAAUUGAUGAAACAACAGGAGACGCACCUCAAGCAGCAGCUGGCCCUCUACACCGAGAAGUUUGAAGAGUUUCAGAACACGCUUUCGAAAAGCAGCGAGGUGUUCACUACCUUCAAGCAAGAAAUGGAGAAGAUGACAAAGAAGAUUAAGAAGCUAGAGAAAGAAACCACCAUGUAUCGCUCACGCUGGGAAAGCAGCAACAAAGCCCUUCUGGAAAUGGCAGAAGAGAAAACCCUCCGGGACAAAGAACUCGAAGGCCUACAGGUGAAGAUCCAGCGCCUCGAGAAACUGUGCCGGGCCCUCCAGACGGAGCGCAAUGACCUGAACAAAAAGGUCCAGGACCUGUGUGCCCUCACCUCUUCCCCAGUCACUACGGAGCCAAUCCAGGGAUCGCCAAAAGAGCCCUCCCCAGGCAGCUUGGAGGAGCUGACCCCGCAGGGCGCGGCCGCAGCCGGGGAGUGCCUUGCUCCAGCCCAGGCGGCGACAGCAUGCCUCACUGGACCAGCCGAGCAGCUUGGCGGACCAAGCAUAGGUGCCUGCCCACCUCCGGACGAGGCCGAAGAAGCAGCAGUCCCAGCUGAGUAAAGGAGGCCGAAGGUAGGGUGGCUAGCAGACCUCUGCAGAGACUGGUCCAUUUCCCAUUCUGGGCCUCAGGGCUGGAUAUGGGGAGACAAGGAAGUUCAGCCCUUUUGGGGAAAUGCAGCAAGGCAGAGGGGAGAGUGCGGGCGAAGGUUUUCUAGAUCAAAGCUUUUUGACAAUACCGAAGGCUCUCUUUCUCUCUCUCUCUCUCUUUAUUUUGCUUCAUUGUUUUUUUAAGAAUCUGUCUUAUCGAUAUUCUACGACACGGAGUCAUUUCCAGGGCGGCCUCCACUUUUUUAUAUACAGAUAAUUAUAAACUCGGUCAAUCCACUUCUCUCUCUCUGUGUUGCGUGAGCAGGCUAAGUGUGUGUGGCGAUUCCACUGAAAGACCUUCUCAAGAAAGGGAAUUUGGGGUGGUGGGGAAUUGGCCACCCCAACCUUUCCCUUGCCCCAAAUAUUCCACAUUAAUGGUGUCCCUCUGGGUGCUGUGCAGACUUAAAAGCGGAGCGGACAUCACAGGGAGCAAUGCUUUCUUUCCCUCCUAAGGUUUUUUUCCCCCCUCCUCACCCUAAAACAAAACCACAACUUCACCCAGUUUAACAACUAGUACAGGAGACUCAGGAGUGUGCUAUUUUUGUCGGUUGUUGUUGGGUUUCUUUUUAAAAAGCAGGGUUUCUUCUUCUUCGUCUUCCCAGAAAGAGGAGAAUAAAAUGGAUGCGUGGUGUCGUUUCGUGGGAACAGACAGAGAGGGGCUGCUUCCCCCGAGGAGAGCUGCGAGGUGUGUGUUUGUGUGUGUGUGUUUGCGGGCUUGUCCCCUUUAGGACUUUGCUACUUCCAGAACCUUUAACGUCUUCAAUAGCCUUACAACUCCACAGUUGCCUCGAUGCUUAAUAUGCACACACACGCACAACAUGAUGUACGUAUAUUAAAAAAAAGAACUUGAUCCAAAGGUUUUACUUCCUUACGUGUUUUUGCACAUGAUGGUUGUCCGCGCGCCUGUCGUGGCAUGCGAGAAGUCCUUGGUUUUGGGGAGGGGGGCAGUUGCAUGGAGGUGAGACCCCCCCUCCAAUGUAUUAACCUCCCCUCUUUGGGACCUCAGUACGAAACCUGUCAUAGGCCUUGAGAUUCAGGAAGAUGAAACCUAGCCUCUUAUUCCAGACAGUGAGCCCAGGAAAUGUAGAUCCAAACUCGGGGAUGGGGCUGACCACUGGAACUUCCUUGGCAGUGUCUGGGCUUCCUUUCCUUGACCUCAAGCAGCACUCCGGACAGGUCACCGUCUCUUUCUGGAGUCCCUGCAGCUGUGGCAAGGGGUUGGCCCUAAAUCCCCAUCCUUGUUAGUUUUGGAUUUCUCUCUGUCUCAGAAGCCCAGUCGACAACCUUAAUUUGUGCCACUUUUGGCCAGUUUUUGCAGCCAGGUGCAAACCUGGCAGCUGCGUUGCAAAACCUUAGUCGAAUCAAAGGUCCAGGAGUGGGAAUCGUGCAACCCUUUAUUGUCAGAGGUCCAAAACGCACUGCAGAGGUAAUCCAGUUUAACUGCCCUGGUUCAAUGCAAGGGAAUUAUGGAAACUGUGGUUUUGCGGGACAUUUAGCCUUCUCUGUCAGAGAGCUCUGGUGCCACAAUAAACUACAACCAGAUUAGAAUAAACUACAACUACAACCGGACUGUAACUUCCAGUUUUCCUCAGCCUUGCCUGAUGGGAGCUGCAGUCCGACAGUAUUUGGAAGGUUCUUAUCACAACCUCUUUGUGCUUCAAAGAGGUUUGGGAUUUAGGUAAUGAGUUUUGUAACCAUCUUUAAACUUGUUCAAACUGACAGAUCAGCACCCCAGUUUCUCAGGCGGUUUGCUUUUCUUUCCUGGGCCCCAUGCUACGAAAGGGAUUAAAUUCCCCCAAAUCCCCUCCGCAGGAGCCUUCCUGGCAGGGCUGUCCAAAAGCCAAGUGAAUGUAUAAGGAGACCACAGCUUUGCUCCCGACGGUUAUGAUCUGAGCCGAAGCGACCAGAGUUUUCUCUCGGCUUCUGCUUUUUUCAAGGAAAACAGAAACAAAAACAAAAAACCCUUUUGACUUCUUUCUCUUUCUUUAAACGCUGUGGUAUAAAUAGCCUAUAAUCAGAUCUGUUGUAUGUAUCUUUGUAUCCGAUAAAAAUGAACAUAAACUUGA